UACUCUCCCAUCUCCUCCCUAACACCCGCCAUCGCAUACAAUGCGACUCAACCUCGUACGCACAGCCAUCCCCAUCGCCCGCAACGGCCUCCUGAAGCAGGCCGUGCGGGUGCCCGCUAUCAGGCGGGCCUCGGUGGCCUCGCCGUCGGCCAUCCUCGCGCACACCAAGCCUUUCCACUCGUCGGGGCCAAAACAGCGCCGGUAUGAGCGCUGGGAGGAGGACCCCUGGAGCGGCCAGCCGAAUGAGCGCCCGGACGUGAUGAGCUUCCUCCGCCGCAGGCUCGGCGGCGACCGUGCCGUCUGGCUCUGGGGUAUCGGUAUCGGCGCCUGUGUGAUCUACUACUGCGCGCAUCUCGAGCGUGUGCCCAUCACUGGCCGCCUGCGGUUCAUCGACGUCUCCUCCGAAACAGAGCGAGAGGUCGGCCAGGAGUCGUUUGCGCAGACGCUGCAAGAGUUCCAGGGCAAGAUCCUCCCGCCCGGCAGCCCGGUGGUCCGCCGCGUGCGGGAUAUCUGCGAGCGUAUCGUCGCGUCCAACGGCCUCGGCCACGUCAAGGCCGGCGGCAGCGCUCUCGGCGCCGUUGAGGGCGUCCUUGGUGCCUGGGGUGCUACCGGCACCAGCGGCGCCGACGACGACAACUACGCCGAAGGCGACUCGGAGGGCAGGUUCAAGGGGUCCAACCUGGGUCCCGAUACCGAGUGGGAUGUCUAUGUCGUCCAAGCCCCUGACGUCAAGAACGCCUUCGUGCUCCCCAGGCCAGACGGCAAGAUCUUUGUCUUUACUGGUAUCCUUCCGGUUUCGGCCAACGACAAUGGCCUCGCGACUGUCCUUGGUCACGAGAUUUCGCAUGUUGUCGCACGCCAUGGCGCCGAGCGAAUGAGCUCGAUGAAGGUGCUGUUCGCCAUCAGCUUCCUCCUUGAGGCACUUGGUCUCGAUGUCGGAAUUACUCGUGCCCUCGUGACCUUCAUGCUCAUGCUGCCCAACUCGCGCAAAAACGAGGCCGAGGCCGACGAGAUUGGCCUCCAGCUCAUGGCUCAGGCGUGCUUUGACCCAAGUGAGGCACCAAAGCUGUGGGAGCGCAUGUCUGCGGGCGAGGGUGUCGCGGGCAAGUUUGAUUUCAUGUCAACACAUCCCGCCAGCCAAAAGCGUAUUCGGAACCUGGAGAAGGAACAACCCCAGGCUCUGGAGAUCCGUGCGAAGCACUGUGGCUACACGGAACAGCAGUACGGAUCGUUCACCAACCUCCUUGGCAAGAAUGGGCCUGGCGCGCAGCAGGGCUCUCAGGACGGCGUCCCAACAUGGGGCUAAUCAAUGGUGCUGUGCAAGAACACCUC